AAGAGAGGAAGAUACAGGUUGUGAUAGGUAGAUACUAAAUGAUGUUUUAUAAACAAAGUUAGGGAGGAGCACGUCAGAUAAUCAACCUAAUUACAGGGGAGGAGCACAUCAUUUAACCAUCCUUUUAAUCUCUGUUCUCUGUUCCUCGAAAGCUUUCUGCACUUCUAACCAUUCUUACUCAAUCCGGGGAGAUACUUUGGUUUCUGGCCAGGUCCUGAGCUCAGGGUCAAAUCCCAGACUCUGAGACAGCAAUGACAAGGUGUUUCUUGUUACUUCUAUAUGGCAUAAAUGAAUCACUGAAAAAACCCCUGUCUUCGAUGGUCGCUGGUACAAUUCAUGGACUAUGCAUUAACGUGCAUUGGGUCUCCCUUCACAGUGGGUGUUGUGGAGGAGGAGCCUGCCCCACGCUGAGGGUGGCAAGCCCUGUGUUUGUGACGGCAACCAUUUCAGAGCCAGUUCCCAAAAUGGUCGCCUCACCAGAGCAUGUUUACAAAAUGGCCGCCUCUCCAAUGUCUGCAGCCAAGAUGGCCGCCAGCCCAGAGCCUGUUCACAUGGUGGCCACCAGCCCAGAGCCUUCACUCAUCAUGGCCGCCACGCCAAUGGUCCCAAGUCCGGUGGUCCCAGAUGCGUCUGAGUUAUAUCCCCUGUCUACUGUGCUUCCUGUGGUGGCUACAGCUCUGUGGUUUGUUUGGGCUGCACAUUGUAGUCAUGCUCCUGAGCUUAGUCCAGUCCUUGACUCCGCUCCUGAGCCAAGUCCAAUCCACGAAUCGGUCCCUGAGCCAAGUCCAAGAGUCCGUUCCUGAAUCUAGUUAAGCCCAAGAGUCCCUUUCUGAGUCUAGCCAAGCCCAAGUGUCUGUUACUGACUCUAUUCAAGUCCAAGAACCCAUUCCUGAGUCAAGUCCAUUCAUACCAGCCCAAUAUGUUCCACCCAAACCACCAGGGGCUCCACCUAUUCCGCCAAGACCACCAUCAGUGCCACCUGCUGGUUUGUCAACGCCACUAAUUCUGCCUCUGCUCUGGUUGCUGCACUUGCUGCCACCUCAUCCAGUUCCAUCAGCUCUGCCUCUGGCCCUGCUCUAGUUCUCGCCUGUUCCAACUGUUUGCUUGGCGUUACCUUGUUUUGUUAUUGUUUUGUUUUCAUUAAAUCUUAAACUGCAUGUGGAUCUGCUUCUUGCCUGGUUUCUCCUCCCGCUGUUACAGACACAAGUUAUGUCCCAAAUGACAUACUAAACACUAUGCGCUUAAACAGUGCACUAUGCAUUCAAUCAUCUAGUGUAUAAUUUUGAGAAGGGUAGUAUUGUCCUAAAUUGAGUACUUAACGGUUUUAUACUAACCAGACGAGGGCAAAUUACGUUAAUCGCACAACACAAUGUGUGUCAAUAAAAAUUAAUUUGUAUAUUGAAUGCAAUUUCCAUCUGUUUUGUCCAACAUGACUUCAGUCACCAUCAGAUUUAAGCAUAAUUCCUCCACAGGAGAACACUGCUCGAGUAGCGUCUGAUAGCCCCGCCUCCCUUCCACUAUGUAAGUAAAACUGCGACCAUUAAGUAUGUUAAGUGUCUAGAGUUCCACACUUCAUAUUUUCGGUUGAAUGAGUGCAUCAUCCAGGUACUUAAAGUGCACUUCUUUUGAGAAUUUUCAAUGUGAAGGAACUACUUACACUAUUUAUACUACCAAAUUGCAUAGAAUAGUGCAUAUAUGUGCGAUUUGGGAUGCACCUUCACUCUUCUAAAGUCUUGAAUACUUUACUAAUGAGCCUAUAAGUUGAAACGGGUGUGUUUGAUUAGAGAGUUUUGCAAAAUCUUCAGUGCUGGGGGCAUAGGCGCCGAUUUCUUUUUUCACCAGUGGGUUCUGGGAGUCGGCACAUCACCACAUCCCUGAACCCAAACCUCACCCCCACAGGCCCCAACCACCUGGGAAACGCACAUGCGUGUCACAAAAUAUAUUUUUUUCAUAAGCAAAUUAUAACUUAAAAUAUUUUUCAAACUCACUACGAACAAUUCAUCAUGUCUAUUACUUUCUUUACAGUGGAGCAUAUACACAAGAAAAGUAUAAAACAUUUGAACAGCUACUGUAAAUUUUGUAUUGUAUAAAUAAUGCACACUAAACAUUUUCACUUCACUAUUAUUAUUAUUAUUAUUUUAUUCAGUGUACCAUUAGCAAAUGAUAACAUUAACAACAACCAUAGUUAAAAAUCCAACAAAUAAUUUGUUUUGCUCCAGAAUUUCAGUUGCAGAAAAGAAGUUAUCGAGAAAAAAAUAUUCUGAGAACAUUCCUGAACAUACUACAUCUUUAACAGGCUAUAGGCCUAAUACAAUUAUUACACAUAGGGCCUAUGCCUUUUUAAGCCAUAACAUUGCUUCAAGAAUACAUUAAAGAAUAAACAUAACUUUAAAAGUUCUAAAAUAGAACGAACAAUUACAUUGCUCCAGAUCUUCAGUUCCUAAAACGGAGCCAUAAAAAACACAUUUAUAGUUUCUAAGAAAUAGAGAUUUUACAGUAUACACCUAAGCUUAUAAUUUAGAUAGAAACCCAUUUUAAAUUCAACUCUACAUAAAUAACAACUUGAAACAUUUUGACAUGCAUAGCCUAUUCAUCGGUUAGGUAAAUUCCAACGGGUAACACUUUAUAAAACUGUUUCAUACUUAAUAGGUAGUUAUGCAGGAACUAUUGUAUAACAAAUGGUUAGUGCUACAUUAACACUGUAGUCAUUACUGAUUACUAAUAUGGAAGAAAGAUGAACUAAUCAGUAAGUAACAGUAUACUGAUGUUUAAGGUAAGUAACAAUUAGUUACUUAUUACUUAUUUAAUAGUCAUUAAUAACAACUAAAUGCUGUAUGUCUCCUACAGAUCUAUAGAAUAACCAAGACCCAUUUAAAAUAACUAGCGAUUAACUACUCAUUAACAGUUGCAAAAAAAUAUUUUGCCACUAUUCAGCCUAUUAAAGUGUAGGGUAUGGUCGGAUCAAAGUUUACCAUCUGUGAUCGUAAAACACAGUAACAUCUCAACAGGACUACGACCAGGCACCAACAAGUCUGGCCAACUGUCCUAUUCUCAACACCUUCAUCACUGACCAGGACAGAUUCGUAUACUCUCCCCUGGACUUCAAAGGAGGUUCUUGGGGGAGGACAGGACUGUUCACCAAAGUGAGAAAAGCCAUGUGGCCCACAGGGACUGAGAGCCUCAAAUUCUUCCAAAAGAAUGUCUCUUUCUCUUUCCUUAGCCACAAAAGACUGGUUUAAAGUGUAUACACAUGAAUCUCCACAUUGUAUGCUUGUCUCUGUUAUUCUCCUUCACCUAUAACCUCAAAGGCAUAUGUGCUUAGUGGUAUUCUGUGUAUAUUUACAUUCUUGUCCAAACUACAGGUCAAUGUACUUGUAACCCUUUCAUGUUUCAUAUCUAUGUGUUUCCCUUUUCAUUUCUUAGAAUAUGGUGUAGAGCACAGUAAUGUAUUUUAAACCAUACUCAUUUUAUUCUAUUCUAAGUCUAUUCCUGCUCCAAACUCCCAGGCGACCAUAAAUGCAAAUGAUUUAGUGUGCCGGACAAAGAAACAUGUUUUCGCGCCCAAAACUAUCUCAUCACAUUGGAUCGCCCACCUUGGAGGGGCAUGACGCCCUCUGUGUUAAAACAUGUGAACACGCAGGAAAGCUUGCUCUUUUGUGUAUGUUCGUUCGCUUGUGUGUGUUCGCGCUCGUGCGCGUUUGCUCGCACGAAUCUUUCAACCUCUCGAGACCUGUCUCUCCUCGGAGACAGUUUCUUCCAUCAGUUUGCUUCAGCUAAAUCCGACGGACUCACGGCUUGCUCCGAACACAUCAGGACCCUUUGAUACGCGCGCCAGCAUGUGUCCAGAGAAACAAUGAAGCCAAUGCAAGUAUCUGAACUAUUGCUAACUAGUUGCGUAUAAGCUUUGCCCCUUUUAAAUAAGGAGAUUGUCCUCGAUGGUAAUAUGUCUUAGAGUUAAUAGACGAUCUGCUGAUCACUCGCUGGACGAGUACGUUGUCUGUUGCUAUUAAUUCUGCUGCAUCAGGUAAAGUGUAUAAAAUAGGUAAUGGUUAAUCACCAUUAAUUAUAUGUAUGUUACUGUGGUUAAACUCAUAGUUUCCUCGAAAUACACUACAUAUAUUGGUGGAGAAUGCGCGGGCAGUUUUAAACCUUGUUUUGUGAGCAGAGCUCAGUGACUAUUCAUGUGUGUUUCUAUGGGUGUUUAUUGAAACCGCAUACUCUCUUAAAUGGCACUUUAUGUAUGAAUGAAGGUGUGGACCCACCCACCUAUCCUUGGCAGACUCUUGAGCUUCUCGCAGAGAAAAUCUCAGCCUCUGUCAAAGAUUUAGUGACAAUAUAAAGACGAAGAAAUCUCUUUAUAGCGCACUAUGCUAUUAUUUAACCGCCCUAAAUUGAGCGAAUAUAUCCUCUUUUAGCGUGAAGAAGGUAGAGCGAGACUCGCUCCCUUAAGUUACUGUGCCGAAACAAGCCUCUGUGACCUAUUUAGGAAAAGCCCAAGGUACUGUUAAUGAUGGUUAAGUUAACUGCAAUUUAAUGUGACCCUAUAAAAUGAAGAAAUCUUUUAUAGAGAGUCCCGAUAUCGUUUGACCGCCCUAAUCUGAGCGAAGAAAUCCUCUUGUUAGCACGAAGGAAAUAGUGGAGCGAAUUUCCUCCCUAGUUCGUGUAUGGCUGAAUUAUGUGUAACUUUGAUGCAUUGCGUGUUCCAAUGUUUUCAACUAAGACACACCGCUCCCCGAAAUUUAACCAUUAGACUAGCUAACUAAUGCGUGCUUUCUUGUUUCCUCUUUUUGAGUAGACGAGGCAGGAGGAUACUGUUUUACUGUAUAUUGUAUAGUUAAACAGUAGAUGACGACCGUUUAAAGGGGAGUGUGAUAAAAAUCUUGAUCAAGUUAAUUGUACGACGGCGAAGAAAUCCCGUUGUGUUUGUUUGUUACUGUGAUUUUUAACUCAGUGUUUGGGCAGCGAAUAAAUCCUGCCGCGCGUCAGGGCAUCUAGCGAACUGACGCGGAACUCGGAUCCGCCGAGAUCAAACGUCACCAUCCGUGACGCUUCCCAGCGGGCAAUUUGAUUUGAAUUUAUAUCAAUUUGCUGUCAAAUGCUGUAUCAUAAAUUUCUUGUAGACCCAGUUUGAAUUUCAUUAUUUAAUCUGUGUUUUACGGUAUUUUUGAUGUAAAUUCUUGUCAACAGCAAUUGGUGUUACAAAGUGUUACAUCUCACUAACACCAGAGGGCAGUGUGUUGGAAGUGCCUAACAUUUUCCUAACUCUGCCCCUUCCUCCCCGACUUCCCUUUGGCGUGGCUCAACCAUGCCACCUUGUGGGUCCUCUCAGUCAGUCUUUUCCCUCUUUAACUUCUCUCAUUUCCGUUCUUGUUGUUUUGAUUUCUCAGUUUAUUUUGUUCAUUUACUUUUUGAUUCUUAUUUUCAGUUUAAUUAAUUAUUAUUAUAAUAAUAAUUAGUUUCGGGUUAUGUGGUUUUAAUUUUGUUUUCAGUUAUUUCAAUAUUGUAGGUUUCGUUUAUGUUUCAUUUCUCAUUAUUCCCUAUACUGCUUCCUACCUAGGAACAUAAUUAAUAAAAUUUGAUUUUAAUUAAUUCACUGGGCUCGCAAAUUUUAAAGUUUUGACCUUUUAUUUUGCUCUUCUGGGUUAUUUCCAGCUAUGCCAUUAACUCUAGCCCGCUUCAGCCUUUGUGUUUCCCUAUAGGUAGCACAUAAGGUACAGCCCCUACUGAGUUGCUAUAGGCGGUAAGAGAAAUGGGAACUCUCCCUUCCACCCCCAUUAAACUGUUUAUUUUGUCCCUGUUGUUUUGAGCUUAGUUGCCUCCCUCGCCUAUAUGACACCACAGCGCCCCUAGCUGCAGGCCCCGUCAUAACUCUAGUGUUGCCAACCAGCUGAGCCAAGUAAGGCAACCCUCUCUGUUCCCUCUUCUAUCUUUUUAUUUUUGUUUUUAAUCCUGUCCUCUUUUACCUUUAGUUUUCUAGAAGACUGAAUCUGCAUGAGCCAUCAGGGAAUUCUCAGUAAUGUGUUGAUGAAGUAAACUACCCCAGUCAGUAGAAUGACCCCGUAAGUUUCAACCCAUCGACACAUUUGCUCAGACUCUUUCCCUGUACCCACACACACACCUACUAUCCACCCCGCCAAUUCACUGCCAGGAUAAAUAGGUGUUUCAGUUGCGCCACUGACUGUUCACCCCAGUUAGCCGCACAACAGUAUAAGUGUUAUAGAGCUCACUUAAGCUUGUAGGGACUUGCAUUGGCCCCUUUGUGCUCUUCUCCCUUGCCCCCAGUGCGCCAGCAUGUCCAGACCAUCCAGUCCUGUCACCUGCCAGACCAACUAGAGACCAGGCAAAGCGAUGCGAUGGACUCCUGCCUGGGACCAACAUCUGUACACGGCAACUGCGCUGAGAGCUGUUGGUCGGACGACCUAAACCGGCGAAGGGACCACGAUCUAAACCAGAGCUACAACUACAGAGAGCCAACAAACUCAUCUGAAGUGCACAGUCAGGAUCAUCGGUGACCACCAAGCACCAAGCACCAGACAGGAUGCCCUGAGACAACAUGGAGCUGACCACUUUCGUCGGACAACAAAAGACGGCACCCUGUGGAAACCCAGCUGGCAACCUAGGAGCCACUGACCCUUUCCGGCCCAACAGUCAUCGAGGCAUUCAUCUCAACACCAGGGACGACACCUGUCCAGAGAGCAAAACAGUGCAACUACGUCUGAGCCAGCAGAGAUCCUGGGGACAUCAAAGGAGCUGAUUCCACAAGUAACCUCACCAGGAGGAUGUAAAAAACCCAAAUUAGACUCUGUUUGACCACGAGUGGCAUGAGAAACAAACAACCCUCUUGAAUGCCCUCCUACUGAGAAAAACGUCCAGAUCUCUGCAACCUGCUUGUCGACCACAGAGACAGUCAUCCUAACACCAGAUGAGCAUUGCACCCAGACCGCAUCUCAGCAGAUGGCUGACUACCCAGAACAGGCCGAGACACACACACGGCCAUCAGCUGAGGUAUGACUGGAACAAGAAGUUCCCACACACCUGACCAGCGGCUCCACAAGCAUGUACACCUGUACAUAUCAUGGAUGGACACACGCUCUCUCUUGUUUUUGUUUUGGUGUCUCUAAGAGACUUUAAGCAUUUCAAAAGAAUUGGGCUCGAGUACAGGAACUUCCGCUUUCCAGCCAGCCAACUCGUCUGACAUGCAUUGUCAGGUCACAAAAGUUAGGCAUGACAUCUCAGCCGGUCGCGAGAACUCAGUCUCAAGGUCGAACCAGCCAACGACCCAGACGUUUCCUGCCCUUACAUGCCAAAGGCACAUCACCAAGUGGCAUGAUGAUAGCAGGCACCAUAGAGGAACUAGGGGCAGAUAUCUCCGACAUCAUCUUUACACUGUUCACACACUCUCCACAACAAUACCAGCAUCAGACAUUUCCUCUGCUGUCAAGUGCACGCAGUUUCCAUUGGACUCAUGCCUGUCAACCAUGGCAACGGCCCAGGACACCCGUGUUUUGAACUUGAAAUGGAAUAACAAAUGCUGAACCUGCUACCUUCCUGGUUCUCGCGAACCACACAGCCUCAUGGGGGCCCUGUCAAGUACGAGAACUUUCUGCCAGAUUAGACUAGCCCAGAGCUUCGCACUCUGGUGAAUAAAUGAGACUGUAGCACCUCCAUUCACCAAAAGGGGUCACUGUUCAGCUCAACACACAGUGUGACCAAGCCCUCAACCACACAUAUUCAAUGGAAUACGUGGAGCAUGGCCCACUCUGGAAGCCCCACCCCCUUUUUACUGAAUAAGUCAUCUUUUGCAGUGACAUACUGUACAAGUGAGUACAUUUACCAAAGACUUUGAACAAUGCCUUCAUGAAGAGCAUAACAGCGGAUUACCACCCUAAGGAGAUGGACAACGCCCUGCACCUGCCAUCAACUGCAAGUGCUAGAGCUGCUUUUCACAAAAGGCGAUGAUGCAGAACUAAUGUCAACUACGUGGCCCCACUGACAACCCACAUGACAUUACAUCCCAAGCUAGCUGCAUCCUGGGCUACACAGAACACCACCUUCAAGGUUUGUGAACUGUUAAAAAGAACUGCCCACUCAUGUAAAUGAGCGCUCAAGACGGUGCCAUGUACACACCCAAUGCCACCUGCGCUUCAGCACAUGCCUGAUUUACCCUUGCUGAAUGGAGUUCCAUCUGAAAGCUGGACUUGCCAACCACUGCCUGAACAUUGGUCUACACUGACAGCGUGACCAAAACGAAAGGGGGAUAGCCAAGCACUGGCAGAACACGGCUCUUACCACAGCCUGAGCACCCAGAUGACAAGAGCUGCUCCAUGCUUCACAAGCCAUCCAGCGAUGUUCCAUUCACAUCAGAACACAGAAGGUAAACAUAGAGACCUGCCACCAACCUGUGAUGUUUCUAACAGUCAACGCCUCCUCACCACAGAUCCCAUGCACACAAAGCCACAUGGUCGACGACACAAUGGUGAGGCACUGCACGCCCAGAGCAGGUGUUUUGUGGAAAAUGACAAGCCUGUCCCACUGCAACACUUCAACCCUUUUAAAUAAGGAGAUUGUCCUCGAUGGUUCGUGCAGAUGUGAAUAGCUGAUUUAAUACUGCCAUUUUCUUUGAUUUAUCCAUUUCUUUCAUUCUCUACUGUUUUACGUUUUUAGAUUUCGAUUUUUAGAUUCAAUUUUAUUGUCAUUGCACAUGUACGAAGGUACAAGGCAACGAAAUGUGACCUCUGCAUUUAACCCAUCCAGAGAGUAGUGAACACACGUACCCCCGGAGCAGUUGAUUUGUUGUUUGUUUGUUUGUUAAUGUUUUGGGUUUUGUUAGCUAGUUGAUUUUAUUUCCCCCGUAGUGUAGAUAAAUAAACCGCAUGUGUAUCCACGCUCGAAUCGUUUCUGUGUUUACUUGUCACAUAUCAACGUCACUUAAACUGCUUGAUUUUGUUAAGAGUUCUGAAGUGGUACUGUACUACAGUAAGAAUAUUGUUUUUCCAAGGCCAGGACAGUAAUAUGUCUUAGAGUUAAUAGACGAUCUGCUGAUCACUCGCUGGACGAGUACGUUGUCUGUCGCUAUUAAUUCUGCUGCAUCAGGUAAAGUGUAUAAAAUAGGUAAUGGUUAAUCACCAUUAAUUAUACGUAUGUUACUGUGGUUAAACUCAUAGUUUCCCCGAAAUACACUACAAAAGAUACCUAUUUGGUAUUAGGAUAAAUUAUAUGAAUAGUUUUUUAAAUUAAUUUCAAUGAAUCAUUUUGGGAAUUUCGUAGGAUUCUUCCUGUGAUAUUUUUAUUUAAAUUGAUUCAAACAAAUCAAUCUAUUGUGCUUUUCAACUAAAAAUAGUAAAAAAAUAAUCUCCCUCAUAAUCACUGUAUUGUUACUAAUGUUGCUGUGGUAAAUUUUAAGUUUUUCUUGUCAAUCAAUCGUUAAAGUAUUUAACCACAAAUAAUGCACUGUUACUUUAAGGGGGAGGGUACGGAAUCCGCUAGGUGUCACCGCGCUGCAACGGAAGAAAACACAUGCAAAUAGAAAAAACACAAUCACAUUCAAAAGCAUCUUCAUUAGUUUGGUGACCCAUGCCCUGCAAAUUCUCAAAUACAGAAACGCGCUGCAAAUUCUUGAAACACAAACAAAUACAGAAACCUGCUGCAAAUUCUAGCAACACAAAUACAGAAACACGCUGCAAGUACCACAAAUGACAACAGAAGUGUUUCCAGGGGACUCCAAAACUGAUGCACCAUGGUUGGGACACGUGUCAUUUCUGUGAGAUUCCAAUCCGAAGUGAGAAAACAUUAAUUCUCAAAGGGCACUAUGAACGGUGUAACUGCUAGGGAAGAAGGGAACAUUUACAUCACUUCGCUAGAAGUGGAGAGGGAAAACCACUCAACUGCGCCGCAUCACGAGUCAAAAAAGCAACGGACAAGUUUACAUAUCGUCGCUGUCGGGCGGAAUCCUUGCAUCUCCAAAACCAUUAUUUUUCAGGAAAUUAAAAAAACGGCAUAUUUUUUGAGUUAUUAAACAUUUUAUCGUUAAAGUUGGUAUUAUACCUUAUAUUGCUAUCAUAUACUGUUGUGUACCAACAUUAACACAACAUUUCCCCAAAACCAUGUUUAAUCGGAGAUACAAGGUUUAUGACUUGGGAGCAGGGAGAUACGAGAUUACGCUGUCAUUGAUAAGAAUGGUACGGACACAGACGUCGCUGCUGCCAGCAGUGUUCAUCAAAGUCUGCGGUCGCGUUGAGCCUUUUGACAAGAGACGAGGCUUUAAAAGCUAAUGAAAGCUAAUAAUUGUGGUUACAUACAUUUUCCUAAACUCUAUUUUAAACGUUAGAGCUAUGAGUGAUGCAAUACCAAAAUAAAACGUUAAACAGGCUGUCUAAUAUAGGCGGAAAUUAAUGUGCACGCAAAUAAAGUCGGCGGUCGCGUUGAGCCUCUUGACAAGACAAAAGGAAAUUGAAGAAAAAGAAAUUGAACCGCAACAAAGUUGCAGAAAAAAACUGAUAUGAAAGAAGUUAGUCAGCCUGAUAACAAUUAUCCUGACUUACAAGCUUUCUUUGAAACAGAUGUAGACAUUCAAUCAGUAACUGAUGUGCCUGUAAAUUCAGUGAAGGUAUGUGGAGCUAGAAGGCGAUCUCAGGGAACUGAGGGAAUGGAAAGUGUUCCUCCCAACUCUUCUGUUGUCCAAGUACAAACUGUUGCCAAAGCGCUAGGACCUAAAGAUAUAGAGAGACUAUCCCAGAGCUUACCCUCAGCACGCAAACAUUUUUCUGAGUUUAGAAGAGCAUUGAUCAGCAAAAUGCGUCUCUACGACAUGUCGUUAGCAGAAGUCACACAGCUGAUGUCACAAAUUCUAACUGAAUCUGAAUUCAACAGUUUUGAGUCUACUGUCACUUCUGAACUACAGUACAACAUGCCAGUAAAGGCGAUUUGAGAGAAGGUGUUUUGAAAAUUCUAAAGAAUAUCAUGGGACCCAAAAUAGACUGGUCCAGAAUCACUAACUGUGUACAAAGGAAAGAAGAAACUGUGAGUGAAUAUACUGAAAGGUUUUGUCAGUCAGCUGUUAUUUACAGUGGAAUAGUUGAUGAAGCUGAAAGUGUGUUAGAUGACAAGGGACCCCUAGUCCGCAUCUGGUCAGAGGGCCUUGUAGCUGAGUACAGAAAAGCCUUGCCAUUCCUAGAUCUAAUUUGGUCUAACAGAACUCUCAGAAGUAACCUAGACAGGUUAGCUACAUGGGAAAGAGAUGCUGAUGUUAAGGCAAAAGUGAGAGUAGCCACAGCUACUUUUAGCACAGCGAAUCAAGGCAAUAGAUGGCCUAAAAGAGAAGGCAAAUGCAACUACUGUGGAAAAAUAGGACAUUGGAAGAACGAGUGUAGGAAGUUGCAAGGUAGUAGAAGAAAUACUAAGCAUAAUUCUGCUCCUUCUCAGCCCGCCUACAAUCCUGAAGUAGCUCUGCCAGUGUCCACUGAAACUUUAGGACAGCUCACACAGGCUCCUCUAAGAGCACAACAAGAACAGGAAAAAACUAAUUGUUGGGGCUGUGAGUAGCUACCUUUCCCCUGUAAUCCAUCACAAUGACAAAAGACUUUUUGUGAAAGGUAGCAUACAAGAGAAAGAGAUUGACUUUUUGCUUGAUACAGGUGCAGAAAUGACAGUAAUUCCUAUCAAAUUGGUUGAAGAUUUAAACAUCACGUACAAGAAAACAAUUGGUGCAGGAAAUAGAUCCAUUACACAGGAUCGAGCUGCUUCAGUCCAAGCCAUACCUUCACCUACUAACAUUAAAACACUCCGAUCAUUUUUAGGAACAGCAGGUUACUGUAGACGUUGGAUUGAGGGCUAUGCCUCGAUUGCUCAGCCGCUCUAUGACUUGUUGAAAGGUCAGGUUAAAGAUUCUGAUACUGUUUGUAUGGAAGAAAUUCAUCUCAAAGGUUUCAAUGAUUUGAAGAAAGCACUAUGUCAAGCACCUGCAUUAGGAAUUGCACAGUCUGAUAGACCUUUCGUGCUUUAUGUCCAUGAACACUUAGGCUUUAUGACUGCAUGUCUAAUGCAAGAUCAUGGGGGCAGUUUACGCCCAAUUCAUUACUAUUCUGGUAAACUUGACAUAGUCGCUCCAAGGCAUGGGCCCAUGUCUUAGAGCAGUACAGGCAGUUCAUCUAGCUCUUCAGGCUUCAUUAGGAAUGGUGUUAGGACAGACUGUAAACUUAAGAUGCCCUCAUGCAGUGUCCGCACUAAUGAAUCAAGCAAAAGUCACUUCUGUCACCUCCUCUCGUUGGGGAAAUUGGUUAACAACCCUCACAGCCCCGAACAUUGUUUUACAGCGUGCGCCAGUCACGAACCCAUCCUCAUGUAUGAUGUCUGCAAUGACUGAAGUUGUGUUAGAGGAUGUUGGAGAAAUGACUCAUGAUUGUGUUACACUUACAUACGCACAUACGAGUGAAGUAACAGAAACUCCCAUAGAGAAUGCAGAAUUUGAGUUGUUUGUUGAUGGUUCAGCUCAAGUCAUUGAAGGUAACAGACGAGCAGGUUAUGCAGUCAGUUCCACCACUGAAGUGGUAGCUUCAGGUCGUCUUUCAGAUCGUUUUUCAGCUCAAGCUGCAGAACUAGUAGCCUUAACUAGAGCAUGCACGCUAGCUUCAGGAUCGGUUGCGAAUAUCUACACUGAUUCCAGGUAUGCUUUUGGGGUAAUUCAUGAUUUUGGUGUCAUUUGGCAAAGUAGACAGUUUCUAACCUCUGCUGGAUCCCCCAUUAAGCAUGCUGAAUUAGUAAAAGAUCUGAUGUUUGCCAUGAAACUUCCAAAGAAAUUAGCUGUGAUCAAAGUGAAAGCACAACUAAUGCUACGGAAGCAAGAGGUAAUGCUCUGGCUGAUGCAGAUGCUAAACAAGCUUGUUCCUAUGCAACUGUACAAGUGUGUUCAGGAAGUACAGCACAGAAGACAAUUCUGCCUCCUGAAUCAAUCAUUGAUCUGUACAAAGAUGUUCCUCUAUAUGAAGCAUGGACAUGGUUAGACAAAGGAGCCACAGAGGAUUCAUCCAGCUGCUGGACAAAAGGGGGAAAGUAUGUCGCUCCCGAAUCACUGCUGCCAUAUUUGGCUCAACAAAUACACAAUUUGGGACACAGUGGUCCAGCAACGAUGUAUCACAGGUUCUCAAAUCAAUGGUGGAAUCCAAAAUUCAGAAAGGUAGCCACCGAAAUAGUCAAGAGAUGUGUUACAUGUCAGAAAAAUAAUGAUGUGCCAGCAGCAACUACCGCAGCAACACAUACCCCAGCUCCACCUGGACCAUUUCGUUACCUGCAAGUUGAUUACAUAUCAUUGCCUCAGUGUAAGGGAAAAACUGACGUUUUGGUAGUAAUAGACAAGUUCUCGAGAUGGAUAGAAGCUUAUCCAACAGGGUGUGCUACAGCUGCACAUACUGCUAAAUGUCUUGUCAAUGAUUUCAUUCCCAGGUGGGGAUUACCAGAUUUCAUUGACUCAGAUCAAGGUACACACUUCACAGGACAGGUAGUCAAGGAAGUGUCUAAAAUGUUAAAGAUUAAAUUGAAUCUUCACUGCCCAUACAGGCCACAAGCAUCAGGACAGGUUGAACGAGCAAACAGAACAAUCAAAACCAGGCUAAGCAAAAUGCAUCAGGAAAGAGUACCAUGGGUCGAAGCGCUGCCAGCGGUACUGUGUAGUAUGAGAGCAUCACCUCAAAGAUCAGUAGGACUGAGCCCUCAUGAAAUUAUUACUGGACGCCCGAUGCAGAUGCCAGGUGUGAUUGAUCUUAGAAAUGCUGAUGUACACAUUGCUUCAGAUGCCCUGAUCACAUACUGUGAAAACCUCACAAAGGCAGUACAGAGUUCCAGAGAGAGAGUUGAGUCAUGUUGGCAGACUCCACCAGAAGGUGGACACACAAUCAUCCCAGGUCAAUGGGUCAUGAUAAAGUCUUUUAGAAACAAGCCGUUAGAACCUAAGUGGCACGGACCACAUCAAGUGAUGUUAAUUACAGCAGCUGCAGUUUUGUGUCAGGGAAGGAAACCCUGGACUCAUGUGUCACACUGUAAAGUUGUUCCCCCACCUACAGGGAUAGGAUAGGACACGCGGACCAGUGAGGAGCCCAGGGAAGAACCGAAUGCAACAGGCUUCGGGGGCCAACCCUGCGGUGAAGACUCCCUCAUAGGCCUUCCCCAUCCAUUAGUCCAUCCUUACCUCACUGUUAUUUAGGUGUCACAGGAAUUAAGAAAUAGGGAAAGAAGGAACAACAAUAGCAGACUCACAUCGAACAAAGGAUAAAAUCCUAGUAUUUGCAGUCUUUUGCCACAGAUACUGCCCUGUCUUCUUUUGUUUUCUUUCUUACUCUGUGAAGAUACCACUUGAUGGCUGUCCCGAGACCCAAACACGCAGACCUACUCGCCUGCGUAUGAAGCUACAACCUCUAAAAGACUACUAGACCCACUGCAGAGCCAACUGUCACGAAAAAAGAAAGAAUAAUACACAACGCAGAGAAUCACAUACGAGAAAUUCAGUCAUCCAUCAACAUGAUCAAAAUUACACCAGAUGACUGAAGAUAGUUCUUCAUGGUUCGGAAACCUGCUAGUAUCAAGAGUUUCAUUCAACACAUGACUCGCGCCCAUCACGAGGAAACGGCAGUUCCAACCAGAAAAGACUAUUAUCCAUAAGAACUUCACGGACCCUAGCUGCAUGUUUGUUUCUGUGUCAGCAUGCCAUUCAUCACUACAGACAAUCCACACAGAACAAGUGCUAUGUGCCUGUAACGAUCACAGGUUACAAGAAUGAACUUUUAAAGUGUCUAAAUUUGUAUUUUGUGAGAGUUAUUAGAACUCUCAAAGGGGGAACUAUGGGAUUACAAAUUUAUACAAUGUUAUAUCUAGGUUAAAGUUAUGUACAUUAUGUUUCACAUUUUGAGGUAAAGACGAUUACAUUCUAAGAAGAUCAAGUCAGGCAGCCCAGAUGUCUGAGACAUUACCCUUUUGUCUUUAUUCACUUCCUGACCGUUGGGCAGGGUCCCACGUUAAAGUUGAAUGUUAAGCUUUAAGGCACAGCUAAGCCUUUGUCUCUAUGAUAAUGUGAAGGUAUGGGCAAUACUGUCAGGCUGAUUGGAUUAGCACCUAUGCAUUUGAAUGACACUGUUAUGCUGAUGAGACCUUGUCUGGGACAAUUCCGGUAACGGCUGAUUCCUGUAUUGCAUUUGCAUGCUUUGUGUAAAUCAUCUCCACCUCUAUGUAUCCCGCCCCCUUGAACGGUAUAAAACUCUACUGUACUGAACUAAAAGUCAGACUUGGAUGACUACAGCGACGCACAGUGAGUCCUAAAUAAAGAGAACUUCUGUAUGAAAGAUAUCCCAACGUCUCCUGGUCUCUGCUUCGACGAGGAAAAAGUUUCCUACAGUACCUAUCUUUGGUCACUCAGAUAGCAAGUUAAUUUAAAUAUUUAAAGUUUACACACGGGCUACCUGUAUUGUGAUAUGCUCUGCUCACAUCACCAAAUAAUAAUAAAACAAAACAGAGUAAACUGGGUGAGCCACAGAAUUCGUUAACAUAAUAUACUAUGUAUAAAAACACCAACGUAAUAUUAAAUACAAAUUAUUUUAUUUAUUACCAUACUUAAAAACUGUUGUUCUUUAAAUUCAUGUUCAUUUGUCAAAAUACAGCAACUUAAUGCUAAUUUAAGCUUAAAACAUGAAAAUGUAUACAUUUCACAGCGACUAUUGAAUUUGGCUUUGGCAUAAGAUUGGUACCUUUUUCCAUAGCCUACCUAAAAACCUGUAUUUUCCUCCAAAAAACUUAGAUGGGGUCGUCGCCUUCAAGUUAUCCCUUACGAAAAUUAACCAUGUUUUUUUUAGGUACAAGUGUAGUAACCAUGGUUCCCUUUCGAGAGAGGUCUCUCUACAUUGCGUGUAGCGCUAGGGGAAUCCUUUAUCCAACCUUUACUGAAUCCUUAUUGAACAACGCCAGUGAAAAUAAAAUGUAACUGGCCAAUGCUGGUCAAGACGGCGCUUAGGGGCGUGGCGCCACCCCUAUAUAACUCGCCAUCUGCACCACAUUCCUCAGAAUCUUUCUCCUUCACUCGCCUUUUGCAUGCUGUUGAUGAUACGCUUCAGAAAAGAGGAAUUCAUCGGAUCCUUCUGCUCGUUUGUUCCGGUAUGCCGAUUUGCAACUUAUGUUCAGUGCCCAUCGACCCGCAGGACACGCACUCACACUGCGUGCUCUGCCUGGGUCUGUCCCAUGCAGAGGGGGCUCUCUCUGAGUCUAACUGCCUGCACUGCGAAGACCUUCCGGUGCAGGUGCUUAAGGUUCGGAGAGUCACCGCCCUCAGAGAUUUUGUUAGGCAGCGUCCCGCCACCCCUCCCCCCCCGGGGAGAUAAAGCGCUGGACCGCCGUCAGCGCUCUCGGCCCCCCGGGUCUCCAGUGUUCUUCGCAGAUGAGAGCCUCCGUCCCGCUGAUGAAGCUAUGGAGAUGAUCCGGUUUGGCGCUUCGGGAGAUGAAGACGAGCUCAUGCCGCUGGCGGCUUCGGACAGGGAUCUGUCGGGGUCAGAGGAGCUAGCGGCGUUGGAGAAGGAGCGGGCGGAGUGGGAUGCCCCUCCCAAGCUUCAUGAGGAACUCGUCCGUGUUCUCACCAGGGCCGUACAAGACCUUGGCCUCGAGUGGAACUCCCCCGACGAGCCGGCGAGGAGUAAGCUGGACACAUGGUUUCUUCAACCGGGCCGCCGCCCAGAAGAAACGCGCACCUUUUUUCCCAUGCACCCACGCCUCAGGAUCGGCCAUUUUCUCCCUGGUGGAUGGGGUGGAAGCCCGCGGCUAUGCGCGCAUUCCCGCCGUCGAGCAGGCGAUUGCGGCACACCUGGGUCUGUCUUCGUCAACGCUGCGAUCCAAGGCAGUGAUUGCGCGGGAUAACCCGGAGAGUGCAGAACGAGACGUUGCGUCCCUUGCAGGCUUGCAAGGAAGCAUGGCAGUCCAUCCUGGGUAUCUCGCCCUGGGUGCUGAAUAUAGUAGAGAACUGCUACUCGCUCCAGUUUCGGCACAGGCCGCCCCGCUUCAAUGGCAUGGUCCUGUCCGUAGUCUCCCCGCGGAAUAUACCGCUGUUGAGACAGGAGAUCAACAGCCUCCUCGCGAAGCAAGCGACAGAGGUAGUCUCCUCAAGAGAGAGAGAGAGCGGCUUCUACAGACGCUAUUUUGUCGUUCCAAAGAGAGAUGGGGGUUUCCGGCCGAUUCCAUAGGCGCUUUCUGAGGUUUGCAUUCGAGGGCACCGCGUACCAAUUCAUGGUGCUCCCCUUCGGGCUGUCGUUAUCUCCGUGCACUUUUACAAAGAUAGUGGAUGCAGCUUUAUCCCCUCUGAGAGCGAGUGGUAUGCGCAUUUUGAAUUAUUUGGACGAUUGGCUGGUUUUAGCCCACUCGCAAGAGAUGCUCGAUGCCCAUGCAUGCAGGCUCCUUUCGCACAUGAAAACCUUGGGGCUGUGUGUGAACAGACAGAAGAGCGUGCUUCUCCCCAGCCGGUCGAUCGUGUAUUUGGGAGUGUGCUUAAACUCGAUCACCAUGCCCGCUCAUCUGAGCCCAGAGCACGUGCAACGUAUCACAUCGACCUUGAGCCUUUUUAGUCUGGGACGUCCCGUCUCACUAAAAGUGUUUCAGAGGCUUCUGGGGCUGAUGGCAUCAGCAACCGCAGUGUGCCACCUCGGUCUGUUGUUCAUGCGUCCCCUCCAGCUCUGGCUGAGGUCCCGCGUGCCGAGAAAUGCUUGGUUAGCAGGGCACAUGAGAGUCGCGGUAACACGUGGAUGUCUAAACACCCUGAAGCCUUGGCGCAACCCCGACAUGUAUCGCCGCGGCGUCCAGUUGGGUCCUAUGACAGGGCAGAAAGUGGUUACGACAGACAUGUCUCUGACGGGAUGGGGAGCCCUGUGAGACGACACCCCGGCCUCGGGCUCCUGGUUUUUCUUUUCUGGGUUUUCUUGGCCCUCAAGUGCUUUCUCCCACAGAUCGAGUCAAUGGAACAACGGAAUCGAGUCACAACACAAUGGAAUAAAGCCACAACACAACGGAAUAAAGCCACAACACAACGGAAAUGCUCCAGACCAAUAGGGGGCAACAAAGUUCUUAUUAUUGUUCUAUAUUUUUAGGGGCACAUUCGGCACUUCCGUGCUUGGUUCAGUGCAGACAGCAGCGGGAGAGAGAUCCGGGAGAGCAUUAAGGAUUUUCACGCUGAUUAUUUAAGCCGAGGAAAAACAUUCUUAGACUUUUUCUAUCAACUGGAGCGGAUUCUAGUCUUUGACAGUCAGAAAAGAGCACACCACUGCUUCAGACCACUACACACAUUAACACAUUAAAUUACUGAUGACUACUGGACUUUCUGCUAAACCAACAAAUCUAUUGAUCUAUUUACUGAUAUAGAUGAGCAAGCUUUGCAUUAUAUUCCCGUUUCGUUAGUCAUAAAACCGCAAUGCUCAAUGCUCACGUUUUUUACACUUGGUUAUGCGUUAAUUGUUUUAGAGGUUAUGCAUGCAUAAUAAAGGUUAAAUAAAUUGGUAAUGAAAACAAUAUUUAAUAGAGUAAUCAAUUAUUCAUAAAAGUAAAAAAACGAAUGCAGACUAAGUCCAGAGCGUGCACACUGAAACUGAGAUAGGAGACUGUGGCAUUGUCUGGAUCUAAUGCAGACUUAAAGUUGAAACGUACUUUAAUCAAAAUAAUAAUAAAAAUUACAACGUGUUUUGAUCGCUGGAUCGAAAUUAGAUUGCUUAGCCAUGUUUAAAACAAGACUGCAUGUUCUUCUGUACCCUUACAUUCACACACAGCGUAAACAAUAGCUUUUAUUUUCGAUUGACAAUAUUUAGCUUAAGAUGGCUAUCCUUUUUCAUGAAGGAAAACGUUUCAUUGUAAUUGCACCUGCUGCUGUGUGUUUUUCUGCAUUUGUAAAUAAUAAAAUGUGUAUUUUGCUUGAAAAUAGCCGUGUUUGUCAUUUAAAAACAUCUAUGUAAUAAUAACCCAAUAAUAGCUUAUUCAUUGGUAUUUUUUUCAGAUUUUCUCAAAAUUUUCCUGUCUUGUUCAUCAUCGUUUCAAGUGCAUUCAUAAUGUCAGUCGCAGGUGGCCAUGAUAAAUAUAAAUUAAGGCAAAUAUAAAUGGCAUGGUAAAUAUAAAUUUAUAAAUGGUAAAUUUAUGGUAAAUUUAUACAAUUAUAAAUAAAUGUGGAAACAUUUAUUUCCGUAUUCCGUUUGACAAUAUUUAGCUAAAGAUGGUGUAAUCAAGGAAAAAACUUUGUUUUUAAUGCACAUCAUUGCUGUUUGUUGUUCUGCAUUUACCAAAGAAAAUAAGUAAUGAAAUAAAAUAAAAAACUAAAUAUUUUCCUUUCAAUGCUCAUCAUUUAAUUUCUGAUUAAAUCGUUUUUGGCCGUAGUCAUUUAAAGUCUUGAUUAUUUCAAUUCAUAUACACACAAAUGAAGCAAAGCAUGAAAAACAUAUUUUCAUUUAAUUCUUUAAUUUCAAUGUUAAAGAAAUCAUUUCAUUUAAACGCUUAGCCUAUUGUAAAUACGACCAAUGUAUGUAUAGCUCACAAUACAGUUUAUAGCAUUUAAAAUCAUUUAAACACAUCAAAAAACUCUACGAGUCUACGAUACCCGGGUAUGUCAGUGGAGGUUUUGGAAUUCAUUCUUUCAACCCAAAUUAUGUAGGCUAACUAUAUGUUAGAAGCAGCGGAGGUAAACUCGCUGGUUGUUAAGGCAGAAUGUCAAUGCAAAUAGGCGACAAUGCAAUGCAAAUAUAAUUUUAUGGUGUAUUUACAGUACUGUAUAUAUGAUGUUUGUGUAAAGGUUAUUCGAGGAUUAUCCUCUGUUAUUAGUUUUGAGCGAAUGUCUAGCUCAUUUUCAGUGAGAGACAUGCGGUAAGCUGCAAAACGCGAGGUUUUCGUUGGCGGCACGGAGGUGGUGUGCAAGCGGUGCCCAAAUCCUUCCACUGGCACGGCUCUUCGCAAGCGCUCUUUUUGUGAACGGCAUCCACGCUGGCUUUAACGUAUCAACAUUUUAGUGAGCUCAAAACACAGAGAACAUAGUUUUAAUAAUGGAAUUCCCGAAGUUAUAUGACCUAACAAAAAGAAGACAAAUACAGAGAUUUAAAUAAAGAAUACAGAGUGGGUUGAUUUGCAAGUUAAAAUACACCAUACGUGCAAAAUGUCAUAGUAAACUGUGCCUAAAAUGAGUGUCAUUAGUAUUAGUCAUUACCGCAAAAAUUGCCUGCAUAUUUAAAAUAUACAUCAACUUCAGGCUGGUUAGUGACCUUGAACGUCCGCCCAGAGACAUUUUCACUAUGAGAGACAGCAGCAGCACAGCAACUCUGUGUCUGGUGAAAGGGCCAUAACAUACAUUGGAAUGUCAUAACUAGCCAAUCAAAAUCAAGCAUUCAAAAGCGCUGUGUAACAAGUCUCAAAUUUGUUCAUUUGAGAUUGUUUGCCAAUUCAGUUUUUCCACAGUAGAGCACACUUUCCUUUUCAAUGCUUUACACAAGCAAAACAGGCUACCAAAACCACUAAAACAACCCCCAGCAAAACGCGCACCUCCUACCCGGCAUGACCUAGCUUUAUUUUGCCGAAAGUGCCCCCUAGUGGUCGGGAGCAUUUCCGUUGUGUUGUGACUCGAUUCCGUUGUGUUGUGACUAUGGUGGUUUUUCUAGACAUAUUAUUGAUUUAUGUUAUAUUCUAAAUAUAUUAUUGACUUUUCUUAUAUAAAAUAGUUUUCUUAUAUAAAAGAAUACAUUUAAAGGUAGUUAUUGAGUUCAUGUACUUCUCUGAUCUUAACAAGGGCUACGGGUAUGGAGU